AGAAGAAGACAAAGAAGGAAGUGUCAACACUUUUUAUAAACAUGUUCUUCACGCCGAGUUCAUGGACUAACUUUGGAAAUACAUUGAAUAAAGGUGGUGUGUUCCUGGAGGCGCCAUGCUGGUGAUGAGCAGCACUUCCUGUCCUCACCUGUCACCUGCAGCGUGUGGCAAGUCUCACCUCUCCCGACUGGAAGCAAGACCCUGAAGGCAUCCAGAGGUGUGCCAAUAUGCCACAGCCCAGAAUCAAGCUGGUGGUGACAGGAGAUGACUUUGGCUACUGUCCCCAGAGGAACCAGGGCAUCGUGGACUGCUUCCUGGCAGGGAGCGUCUCCACCGUGUCCCUGCUGGUCAAUGCCUGUGCUGCCAAGCAUGCCUCCGAUUUGGCCAAAAGACACAGCAUCCCAGUCGGUCUCCAUGCCAACCUGACGGAGGGCAUCCCAGUGUGUGCCAGUCUAAGGAGGACCUCCACCCUCACCAACCAGUGCGGCUUCUUCCACGGCAAGAUGGGCUUCCGCCAGGCCCUGCAGAAACAGCAGCUCAGCAUGGAACAGGUAAAGCAGGAGUUGAGAGCGCAGGUGAGGCUGUUCAAAGAACUGACAGGUCACCUGCCUCAUCACAUGGAUGGACAUCAGCAUGUACAUGUACUGCCAGAGGUGCGUGAGGUGUUUGCCCAGGUCCUGGCCGAGCACAGGAUCGUCUACACCCGCGUUCCAGUGGAGCCUGCUCUGCAGAGCUGCACGUGGCUGCCAGCACACCUUCACAGCUUCUACGCCCAGGUGGAGAAGGACGCCCUGGACUCCAUCCCCGUCUUCAAGCGCUUUGGCAUCAGGUGGCCAGAAGUCUACCUGGGCCUGAGCACAGUGGGACAGCACAUGUCCGUGUGCAACCUGCAGCGAGCGCUGGGUCAUGUGACCUCCACCUGUGCCCAGCAGGUGGUCACAGCUGAACUGAUGGUGCACCCGGGAUACCCCAGUCAGCCCCCAGAGGGCGGCUGUGGCCAAGGACCCGAUGACUUCUCCCAGUCGGAGGAGAGGCGACACGAACUCAACGUCCUCCUGGAUCCUUCUCUGAUGGCCUUCUUUCUGCACCAGCGUGUGCACAUCUGCACUUUUAAGGAUCUUUGAUACCCAAAGGUCUGCAUGGAAUCAAAGAGCGUGCAGUCGUAGGCGUGCACACCUUUUGUGCAAAAUUCAUCAUCGAGUAACGUUUGCUUCCAGGAAGCAGAAGAUCAGGACUGUCCCAUACUGCGUUCAUAUUUGGAGAGAAGCACUUCAAAUGACUGAAAUGAGGAUCUAAAUGACUCUUACUUCUUACUGUAUGUACAGUAAAAACUGGAUCAUUUCCCCAUUGUGGGAUAAAUAUGAUUAAUAAAUAUCUCGGCCGUCCAUGAAGUCAGUUCUUCUUUUUAGUACGUGUUCUUUGGUGUGGAACAUUACAACUGUGGAAAAAAAACAAAAACAUUUACAUGGUGGCCCUUAAGUCAUGUAUCAUAUAAAUAAAUCAUACAAUAAUGAACAUGAAUGUUAUUGCAUUUUUUUAUUGAUAUAUUGCUGUAUGUACCACAUGGAGUUUUAUUCUAGUUUUACUUUUUUCAAUAACUUCAAUUAGUAUUAGCACCUUUGCUUCAAACUUAGGUCAACAUUUCAAUAAUGGACAUUCAGAUCUGCACAAGGAGUUAUAAAGAGUGACAGGUAAUAAUGUAGUUGUUACACCUGCCCUGCUGUUUGGCUCCGGUGCAGACUGUCGUCGAGGAGCACAGGGCAGAUGUUCCCUUCAGGGUCGAUGUUUUCGUCAGGGGUAACACCCUUCACUUUACAAUGAGUCUGCUCAGCUCCGCUUUCCGGUCAGAAUUCGAGGCCGCCGAUUUGUGACAUUCUGUUUGCUUUAUUGUUAGUUGUGCAGGACACAACCGGACCCGUUCAUCACUCUACUGCGCAGUGCACUCGCUACCUCUCUCUCUCUUUACUCGCCCACUCACUCACUGAUGUCACUCAGCCAACACGUUGACAUUCUCACUACUACUCUAGUAAGUUAGCUAGCUCCC